AACACUAUUACUUGUGAAAUUCUUCAGAGAACUGAGGUAAAUAAAGGUCUAAGGCAUACCAUACCAUACACACAAUCAAGGACAAUAUGCCCCCAAAAUUAAAUGUUGAAGAGCUGAGAAAAAAGGUAGAAGAUGACUCAUUGGACUUGAGCCUGCUGCAACUGGAAGAGAUCCCUGUGAAGGAAAUAGCUCAGCUGAAGAAAGUUACCAAGAUUGAUCUCUCCAACAACAACAUCUCUUCAUUGCCUCCUUCUUUAUGCAGUUCCUGGAGCCACAUAGUAAGACUGGAUUUGAGCAAGAACAAACUUGAAGAGCUUCCUACCAAUAUAGGGCAUCUGAAGAAUCUUCAAGUGCUUGAUCUCUAUUGCAACAAGAUACAAGACCUUCCAGUGAGCUUCUGCCAUCUUCGAAAACUCAAGUGGCUCGAUUUGAAAAACAAUCCAUUGCGCCCGCAUCUUCUUCAAGUUGCUGGUGACUGUCUUGAUGAGAAAGCAUGUCAGCACUGUGCCCAUGAUAUAGUUGCAUACAUGCAAAAGAUCAAUAGUGAACGUGAGCGAGACAGGCAGUUGAAACUGAGGCAUGAACGAGAGGAGGCAGCAGCUCGACAGGCUGAGAAGCAGGCACUGGAAGAAGCAGAACGGAAAAAGCGGAAGGAGCAGAAGAUGCAGGCCAAGGCUAGGCGCAAGGCUGAGCUUGAAAGUCUCCUACAGGAGGAAAAAAUGCUCCAGCAGCAGCAGGAAAUGAAUCAUGGUGAACUGCCACAGAAGGAUGUUUCAUACAAACCCCCUGAAGUCACAAAACGACCUAGACGAAAUAUCUGCAUUCGUUUCUUCAUGUGGCUAAUCUUCACUGCCAUCAAGCUGGCCCUUUUCACUGGAUUCAUCUAUGCUGGGUUCCUCCUAUACUAUAUGGAUGGAGAUUACUCUCAGGAAGGUCUAUUUAAAGGUCAUCUACAUCUGAAGCAGAAUACCACCAAGUUGGUGAGGUAUUUACGUCACACAUGGCACACGAUCGAUUGGAAUGAGGUGUGGGAUCGGGCCCAGAAGCAAGCACGCCUGGCUGCCGUCACGCUAGGCCAAUGGUCUUCGAUUGCAUGGACUCAUGCCAAGCGAUAUUCAAGCAUACUGCAAGAAAGGGCUGCUGAAGCAUUUGACAGGCUAUGGAUUCUCCUCACACAGCUUAAAGAAAACAUAGUUCAUAAAUGGAUGAAGGAAUCUUCCUCUUAAAGUAUGCUGUGAUUUGUUGAAGUGAAAAACAAAUGCACUUCUUAAGCUACCAUUUUCCUUUUCUCGUUUCCCAGUUAUGGGUAUAUGUCUCAUUGAUCUUUUAUAUGUUAUGUUGAGCUUGUUUCAGUGAAUCAUUGGGUUAUUGUUUGAGGUUGGAUUUGCUUUGAGCCCUUAAUGUUGUCUUUUGCCUGUUCCAACCAGGUCUUUUCAUUUGAUUUGUUUUGAAGUUUAUUGACUCUUUGAUGGCAUCACAGGGCCUGAUUCUGGCUUGUUCCUUAUGAGUCCAAAUGCUCUCCUUUGGCCUGGAUAUAAUAUUUUGUUGAAAAUAUUGGGAAGAAAAAUGUUAGGUUCUCAUGAUGAUCCCUCCACUUUUGAGGCCACUGAAAGACCAGGAUGCAUAGAAAGCCAAGCACUGACACAAUAACCUGUUCAAAGAUCUCUUGGUGUUCACAUUUGCUAUGCUAUGUGAUCACAAGUUAUGUUGCUGUGUUGAGAGAAAUCCAACUUUGACUUUACAGUCAAAUAAAUGUGACAGUAGAAAAAAGUUUUUGGGACAGAUUACUGUGGUACAUGGGUCUGAGAGAGUAAAAAAAAGAAAAAAGAAAAAAAGAGAGAUUCCAUUUGAUCUGGAAGGUCUAGUCUAUGCAUCAAAGGGGAAAAUCUCAUAGCUUCACAAAAUUUCGAUGUUGUAUAGUCUGAUAAUGCAUCAGUUGUAGUAAUACUUCCCCUUGCAGGUGUAACUUUGUUCCUAUAUCCAACAAUGUACUUUUCAUGCUCAUUCCCCACAGUUGUAGUGUUUCUCCUCCUUCCAGUGAUGUAGUUAUCAUACUGACUUGAGAGCCCUUCAGUUGAGUUCAGCACCGAUAUGAUUUAGUGUGUCAUAGGGUAACUCAAAAUUGAAUCGCUCUCAAGUUCAUGCCAUCAAAACCGGGUGAUCAUUUAAACAUUUUCUAAUGAUGCUAUUUAUUUCCAUGCAGUUAUUGACCAGUGGGCUUUUGCUCAGGAAUAGAAUAUCGUAAAAGGGUACAAGGAGCUUCUUGUACAAAAUCCUUGUACAAAAUUCAUGAGAAAUGGUAAGCCUAAUGACUCCAUGGAUGUUCAUUUCUAUGUCAAACUUUCUUUCUGUACAAUACAUCAAUGAGGUUAGCUUUCUCUGCCCAGUGUUGUGCAUAAUCCCAGCCACUAAUAUUUCUUGAGAUUAAUUGCUGUCAUUCGAUGGGCUUCAACCGGUUAUACUUUGCAUUCCACGAAGGCACAAAGUCAAUGUCGGUUCAGUGGUGUCGGAAUCCAUCCCAAAUGGAAUAAACUAUUUAUUGG